CAUUGGUCUCCAGUUGUUGGAUCUUUUAACCAAGUUGCGGGACAUAGAGGAUGAAGACCUGUGUAUCCAGUGUGAGACGUUCGAGGAGGCCAAGUCUGAGGAUGAUGAGGAAUUGUUGAAGAUAUGUGAUGGGAUUGACAUGAGCAAUCAUCAAGAGGUUUUCUCUUGCCUGUUCAACAAAGUGAGCAGCUUCCCCGUCUCUGUCCAACUGCUGUCCAUUCUUCAGAGCCUCUUACAUCUCGAACCAUCCCACCGCUCCAGUCAAUUGCUGUGGGAAUCCUUAGAGAUCUUAGUAAACAGAGCCAUCUUGCUUGCCAAUGACAUACAAGGCAACAGCGUGGAAGACGUCAUGGAGAGGCUGCUGUCCAUCAAGAAAUGCCCAAAGAAAAGACGUUCAAACUCCAGAGAAGCGGCCAACCAGGUGAAUGAAGGCACUCCAACCAAUGACGCUUUGGAGGAACUUCCCAAUGCCAACCAGAGUUCGCCUCCUGUGGCCCCGUCUUCUGCCAGCUCACAUGUUUCCAAGCCAGCAAACGUGGCUGAGAAUGUUACGCUGUCCCAGCUACCACCUUGCUCGGCGUUGCCAGGGCAAAACUCAACUGUUCCUCCACCGCCACCUCCUCUCCCUGGAGCAUAUCUGCCACCGCCGCCGCCACCUCUCCCUUGUCUGAUGCCACCUCAGGCUCCCCAACUGCUUGGCAUGGCAGGCAUCCCUCCCCCUCCCCCGCUGCCGGGUGUGCCAGCCCCACCCCCACCUCCGCCCCUGCCUGGCAUGGCAGGCAUCCCUCCCCCUCCCCCGCUGCCAGGCAUGCUGCCCCCACCUCCCCCUCUCCUAGGCAUGACAGGCAUCCCUCCUCCUCCCCCGCUGCCCGGCAUGCCGCCCCCACCUCCACCUCUGCCUGGCAUGACAGGCAUCCCACCACCUCCUCCCCCUCUGCCUGGUAUGGGGGGUGCGCCACCCCCUCCCCCACUGCCUGGCAUGGCAGGAAUUCCCCCUCCUCCCCCCCUCGGAGGCAACGUGGAGGAGGUCAUGGUGGCCGCCCGGGUCGACUUUUCCCUUGGGCACGCCAGACCCUUCCACAAGAGGAUGAAGACUCCAACGCUCAGGAUGAAGAAACUGAACUGGCAGAAGCUCCCCUCCAAUGUGGUGAGAGAGGGUCAAUCGAUGUGGGCUUCGGCGACGAGCGGCAGUGAGGAGACCAUUGAGCCGGAUUACACCAGCAUAGAGCAGUUGUUUUGCUUCCCACAAACAAAGCCCAAGUCAAAAGGAGUGGCCCCCGUGAAGGCGGAACCGAAAGAGAUCACAUUUCUGGAUUCCAAGAAGAGUCUCAAUCUGAACAUCUUUUUGAAGCAAUUUAAGUGCCCAAAUCAGGAGGUGGUUGACAUGAUUCAGAAAGGCGACCGAACCAAGUUCGACGUUGAGGUCCUCAAGCAGCUGCUGAAACUCCUACCAGAAAAGCAUGAAAUAGAAAACUUGAAAUCCUUCAAAGAAGAAAAGGAAAAAUUAUCAAAUGCAGAUCAGUUCUAUCUCCUACUCCUUGGAGUUCCUAGCUACCAGCUGCGGAUUGAGUGCAUGCUGAUGUGCGAAGAGACGUCCGUUCUGCUGGAGAUGCUGCAGCCCAAAGCAGAAACAGUCAGGAGGGCCUGCGAAGAUCUCCUCGCCAGUCACCGGCUGCCUGUUUUCUGCCAGUUGAUUCUCAAAGUUGGAAACUUCUUAAACUAUGGAAGUCACACGGGCGAUGCCGACGGCUUCAAGAUCGGCACUUUGCUCAAACUAACAGAAACCAAAGCAAACCAGACGCGCAUUACGCUGCUCCACCAUAUUUUAGAGGAAGUGGAAAAAAAUCACACAGAUUUGCUGCAGCUUCCCAAAGAUCUUGAACAUGUUUCGAAGGCAGCUGGAAUCAACUUGGAUGUGAUACAUUCUGAAUCCAGUUCCAAUGUCAAGAAACUGCGGGAACUGGAACGGAAGCUGUUGUCAUCGUCAGAAGAAGUGAAAGCCCAGUAUGGAACACCCAUUCAGGAUAGCCUAAAUGCCAACCAGAAGCUAGAGGACGAGUUUGAAGCCAUUGAAGCGAAGAAGGUGUUGCUCGCAGCUUACCUCUGUGAGGACCCAAACAAAUUGUCUUUGGAAGAUAUCUUUAAUACAAUGAAAACCUUCCGGGACCUCUUCAUCAAAGCAUUGAAGGUUUGGAUUUAA